GGCAGAUGCAAUGGCCGCUAGCAGUGGCGGAGUAGAUUGGUGCACUAUACUUAAACCAUUUUUAUCGGCAAUUAACGAUACAACCAAUAAAACAGACCUAAUCGAGUUUUGUUCUUCGAUAGUGAAGAGCAAGUCUGAAAUUUUUUGCAAUAAAGAAACAAGCAAGAAUUUCUACAAUUCUUUUGCAGUCCUUGCAGCAGACUACAUAAGCAGCAAUAGUAAAAAUUUAUCUUCAAGCCAGUUGGAAGUGGUAAGCUCUGCAUGCCGAGUUCUCCUUAAGCACUUGCUCGAUACGCUACAAGUUUGGGCAAGUGAAAGUAGUCGAGACCAGGCUGAGGGCUCAAUUGAGCGCUACCUGAAUGCCGUACAGGUUCUGUGCGUAGGAACGGGUCUGCUAACCGAGCAAGACGUCGCCCGAUUGGUGGACACAAUGAAGGGCGAAAAUUUGCCCCAACAUGCUAAUCCACCCCCAACAGGAAACGAAAAAGAGUCAAGCAAUAAACAGGAAAGCUCCAAAACCCGAUCGGAUUUAUCCGUAAGCAUAUUCGAGCAAUUGACGUUACCGCUAAGAGAUGGCAACAGUGUCAGCGAAGCCGGAAGUAGUGGCGGAUCUGCGCAGGCCGAGGCUGGCAGCAGCAACGAUCCCACUUCUGAAAUUAACAGAUUGUUUCUAAAAGCAAACACUGAAAGUCUGCAGGCCUUAAGAGCCGGCGAUACGCUGGUGGAUUUGUGUUUGAGUCUGCCUUCAAUUAAAAGAGCUAAAACCAAAGUAGAAGAAGCGUUGGCUGGUAAACCCUUCAGUAUUCCCACCAACCACUCGGAAGCCACGGCUCUAAGAAAUGGCUUGUCCUUUAACUUGUCCGAGAUCAACCUGGCCAUGUCGGCCAUCACCUUGCCGGUGCUGGAACCGCUCACUGCCAGCAAACUGGAUAAGCUGUGCAGCCUGGCGAUGGCGGUUUUGCACUGCGCCAUCGGCCAAGCGGCGGCCAGCGCGGUCCUUUCCACCGCGACCGUAGUCUCGCCUAAGUGUUCGUCGCAACAACAACCUGCUGGCGGAAUCAAGGAGGAAGAUUUGGACGCGAACGCGGUGGCUCUGGUCGAAGAGGCGCUCAACAUGUAUCAGUACAUUGGAACUACCAUUAAGUUGUCUACCAGAGCUGGCGGACAUAUAUACCAAAACUACCUGUUGGCCGGAGCCUGGGUGCUCGUAACGGGCCUGCAAACGCACCUCUCCGCCAGCACGUCUUACGACAAAAACCCGCACCUGCGCGACCGCGACGAAAAAGGCCGCAGCCCGUGCAAAUCUCGCGAAGGCUCGGCCCGCUCGGGCCUGCAAAAGUUCCAGCAGUCGUUCGGCGUGCUCUCCGUAGCCCUGGCCAACCGCGCGCUCGCCCUGCUAUCCGAAUUGUUCGACGACUUGCACCUGGAGGUGUGCGGAGGCGCCGGCAACGUCGCUCAAGUCGAACCGGCACCGCUGGCCAUCAUGGGGCAAUUUACGGCCCUUCAAAGAGUCGGCAGGAUACUGGGCGCCGCGCCGUUGAACCACCUGCUGUUCUACCUGGCCAUAGUCAGCUACAGGAAGGCGUGCGCGUUGAAGAGGCUUCACCCGCCAGAGGGCGACACCUUCAGCCAAUCGGAUUCCACGACGUACUACGAGGAUAUGAUCAUUUGUUCGGACGACAGUUCCACGGAUGACGAUGAUAGCGAACCGAUUUUGGGUCAGUGGUUUGAAGAGACCAUCGCACCUCCAGAACCAGUAGAAAGCAAAACUUCACCGUCAUCUGAAAAUGCAGAAACCAAAACCGCGCAAGGAGAUGAUGCCAACUCUAUUGUCCCGCAAAAAGGGGAAGCUCAUGGUUACAUUACCCUGGCCACAAAUCUAUUCACAUUUCUCAACAAGCACUUUUUGUGUUCGAGAAGCACUUACAUAAGUAGGUACGUUAAAAACGGCCUAACCGAGCAGCAGAUGAUUAUUUUGGCGGCGAUUUUGAGAGACUUGGACAGAGAAACGGCUCGCACCGAAACCGGAACAAUUUCGGUGUACUUUGGCGCCCAACUGGGUCAGUUGUACUGCGACUUUUCGGGCGCGCUCACGCGGUUCACUCACAACUUAAUCACGAACCAAAACUUGAGUUCGCUUCAGGCGUGCCUUUUGAAUCACCUGGGCGUGUCCCCCUGGACUUCCGACGUGCCCCACGGGUGGCCCCUUCAAGUCUACCCGAGGACUCUGGCAGUCCUAGCGCAGGUGUUAUUGUUGCGUCCACAAAACGAAAAAGAGGCUUCCGUCAUCAGCAUCUGGCAUAAACUAGUCAACACCUUAAUCGAAAACGUACUGAAUGCACCUCAAGGUGCGACUGAAAUCGAAAACGAAGACUUGAACGUGGAGCACGCGCAGGUGCUCUUGUACCUCUUCCACUCCUUGACCUUGAUGCAGAAGAAGUCGGUGGUUCUCUUGAUGGCGGGCGGGGUGUUAAGAUGCUCGGAGGUGGUGUCUAACCCUCUUAAAGACUCUCAGUUGCUACAUCUGUCGAGACUUUUGCUUCUCUUUGACUAUAUUAUGAAGCAUUUGUACGACGCGCCCAAUUCUUUGCUUGAACCGAUACAGUGGAACUUGUUUUAUUCUACGAAUUUAAACCAACCGAAAGAGAAAGACGGCAACACCACUAGGUUGUAUAUAAUGUGGCAGGAUAUAGAGGUUAAUUACAGGAAAGUCUCCGGUUGCGAUGAAUUUGCGAUGAAGCCUAGGUUUUACGUUUUGACUAAUCUGGAGAUUAACAACCAAGAUGCGCCUAAGUUGGACGGUUUGGCGUGCAAUUUUAUCCUGGGAACCCCCGAUAAGUUGAGGUAUCCUUUGUUGCUCGACGCGCUGAUCAAAAUAUUGAACGUAACGAAUAUGAAGUCUGCGGCCGCGUCUAAGAUGAGUUUUCUGGGGCAGUGCGCGACGCAGUAUUGCUUUACCAUUUGCUGGAGGCUUUUGCAGCUUUUACCGCCGUCUAUAACCUACUUCGAACGCUUGGCGGCAGGGGAGAAUUUUAAGCCUUGCCCUCAGUUAUUGCACUCGCUAAUUUGGGGGCCUCGGUCUUCCAAUAAACACUUCAGCCGCUGGCUCAAAGAUUGCCUGGUGAAACAAGGGAUGUUCACGCAGGUGACUGAUAAGCUGCUAAAAUCGGUUGCCGACGCCGUUAACAACCUCAAAUACGACAUCACCAACGCCAAAAAGUGCGUGGUGACCCUCACGCCAGAAAUCACCGCUGGGUGCAUGGCCAAAGAAGAUUUACCACCCCUGUGGAACUUAAUAUUACUCGACGCGCUUCUGGCUAAAGUCCAAGCAUCUUUGGAGGAAGCCGAGACUCAAAACGCCGCCUCGGAAUCUGCGACUUUAGUUCAAGACCUCCUCCCGCACGUCAUAAAACUCACCCAAGCGAUUCAACACUGCGCCAGGUGGUCUUUACUUCACAGCGCGGUGGAUCAAAGCGACGCCGCGAAGAAACUCAACUUGCAAGAGUUUGAGGGGGUGCAAGAUAUGCUCGCGAUUUCGUCCAAUAGGAACGUCCUCACCAACAGUUUGUCCUCGGAGUUGUCCACAUUGUUGCCGACGGGAGUUUCUUCGGUUCAACAGCAGUGGAACAACUUGGUUCUCGAAGAUAUCACCUCGGUUCCAUUCCAAUCGGACAUAAUCCCAUCCGAAAACUUUAUACUGAAAAUAGUGGACACCCACGUUUCGAGUCUCUCGAUGAGCUCGCCGUUCAGCAUAAAUCUGCCGUUGAAAAGGUUGCUGCAAUGCUUGGUCAAGUUUAUCUGCGAGCACGCUCCCAAAAUCGACAACACGGACACGAAAAACAAGGCCAUAGAGAUGCUUGUAUCUAUCACUCUAGACUUGAGAACCGAGUACCUACACGAAACCGCGUCUAAGACUCUGGACAAAAUGAUUGGGGAGCCGGAAACUGACGAGCACCAGAAAAGAGUGUACUUGAGCGUUCUGGAGCAUACCUACAGAUUGAUAAUCAACUGCACCAGCAAUAACCCGAGUUACUCAGCGAACAUCAACGAACGCGUUCUGUAUCACUGCCUGAAGUUUUACGAGAGAAUAAUCGAGAAAUCCUCCGGCAGACAGGCUCUGGAAGCCUUUUUCUCCGGUGAUAAAGAUUUGGUAAAGGUCUUGAUGUCAGUGUCAAGUCCACAGACGUCGCAGCAAUACAGCACCAGGGUGUUGCACUUCUUCAACAAGCUGUUCCAAGCAGCUGACAAAAGUUCCACGGAUCCCAGCCUCAAUUAUCUGUGUUCCAGCAUCAGCAAACUGGCAAACGUCGAGGCGGAAAAAUUGCAGACUUGGUUGCAGCACAUUAUCAUUGGCGGAAAUAACCCAUCUGUCGCUUCCAUAACGCCCGCACCUUCGACCACAACCACCGGAACAACCUCCUCCACGACUACAAAUUCCAGCGUCGAUACCACCGUAACUUUAAACAAGGGUGGCGUAACUGCGGAGGGCGGUAAGUGGACCAUCACGCAGGUGGUCAGCGACGAGAACAAAAAACCAUCUCUGCGGGAUUCCAAAAAAUCCCUGGUGCAGGAAAACAGUCAGCUACUGCAAGCACUGACGUCGUUUAUCGUGAAGCAAAACAGCAACGUUUCCGAAGACGUGGCCAUCACCAUUCUGAAAGCCUUGAUACCUUUGGGGGAGCAGAUUCUCUCCCCCGCUUUGGAGGGCGCGGGGUUUACGGAGUUGAUGGUGGUGAUGACGAUGCUUGCCGAUGCCGGCACGGGGAGAGGGCAUACGUUGCUGUUUCCGGCUACAGCGGAGUGGAUUGAGAUUUGCAACAAUCACGCUUCCACCAAACAGGUUUUGGAAAAAGUCGGUACAGAUUGCGAGAGCGUUAAUAAAAAUGUCAUGCUGGAAGCGGCGUGUUGCGUUUUGGAGUACGUUAGCGAUGUAGUGGGGGGUAUAACGCAGAGUGCAAAUCAAGCGGGGGUGAGGGCUUUAAGUCCCCCGUGGGAGAGCGAGACGCCUUUGGAUUUGGACGUCGAAUGGCAGGAUGAUGUUAACGAAGAGGAAGACAGUGGAGAGGAUUCCGACGAGGAUUCUCUGUGCAAUAAGCUGUGCACUUUCACUUUUACUCAAAAAGAGUUCAUGAAUCAGCAUUGGUACCACUGUCACACCUGCAGAAUGUUGGAUGGUGUUGGUGUGUGCUCUAUAUGCGCCAGGGUGUGCCACAAAGGCCACGACUUGAGCUACGCCAAAUUCGGCAACUUCUUCUGCGACUGCGGGGCCAAAGAGGACGGUAGUUGUCAAGCGCUGGUGAAAAGAAGCCCGCUAACCAACACAGAAGCUCUCACUAGCGAGUUAACACCCGGUGGUUUCCCCAGCGAGCACUUGCUCACCUCUUCCUUACGCAGAAGAGCCUCGUCUCCGGUGCCUACAGACCAAAUGGUGCUCAACAAGAAACCGUUAAACGUCGUAAAGCAGAUGGACGGGGCGCGGGAGUUUAUCACCGACUAUCUAUCUUCGAGCGGGGUGACGGGUGCGCUGGUGGACUUCAUGGAGACGCUCUUGUCCGCGGUGGAGACGACUUGCAGCCGCAAUUCGCCCGUCGGCUGCCACCAGAGGGCGAUCGAGGCGCUGCAGCAGCUGCACUCGGGCAACAAAAAGUUCCUGCACACCGAUCAGCUGAUGACGCCCACGUUGGGUUCUCAGGAGGGGGCGUUCGAGAACGUCCGCAUGAGCUACGCAGGGGAACAGGGCCAAACCAUAAGGCAACUUUUGUCGGCUCACAUCGUCAGAAGAGUUGCUAUGUGUUGCAUGACUUCCACGCAAGGGCGCAGACAACAUUUGGCGGUGUCGCACGAAAAAGGGAAAAUUACCGUGUUGCAGCUUGCAGCUUUGUUAAAGCAAGCCGAUUCCAGCACCAGAAAGCUGACUUUAACGAGACUGGCGUCAGCACCGAUACCAUUCACGGUUGUAUCUCUUUCGAGCAACCUUUGCAACGAAGAUUUCCUAGCCGUGUGCGGCCUAAAAGAUUGCCACGUUCUAACCUUCACCUCGGCAGGAUCGGUUUCCGAUCAUUUAGUGCUGCAUCCUCAACUAGAAACCGGCAAUUUCAUCAUAAAAGCCAUCUGGCUUCCGGGCUCGCAAACUAAAUUAGCGCUCGUAACGGCAGAUUUCGUUAAAAUCUACGAUUUAUCCACUGAUGCACUGAGCCCGCAGUACUACUUCUUAGUACCAAGCGGGAAAAUUAGAGAUUGUACGUUUAUGUAUGACAGUGCUACCUAUCACAUUCUGUUGAUGUCUUCGCCGGGUCAUAUAUAUACUGAAUUAUUGAACGAGGAGAGUUCGGCAAAACACGGUACUUUCUACGUUACGAACACGUUGGAAGUCAACAUGGAUUUGGUGGAUGUUAACGGCCACGUAGCGGGUGGUGGAGUGAGUAUUUACUACUCGCACACUUUGGGUUUACUGUUUUAUAGCUACUCGCAAGGGAAAAGUUUUAUCUCGCCUAUAACACCAAAGAGCAACACUUUAUCCGUUGUUUUCCCCAUUACAAUACCGGUUACGAGUAAUUCUACAUCCAAAAGUAAUGGGUCUAGAAAUUCCACUACGCAACCGUUGUGUCAGUGGACCGAAAUUCCGAACCACCCGGGUCUAAUUUGCUGCGCCAUGCAGUCGAGCAACAACCCGGUCAUUUUGAUGUUGAAACCCGACGCCAUAAUGAUACAAGAGAUCCGCGUGGUACCCUCGAAAUCCAAGAUAAUGGACAUGGUCCCCAUCAGGCACAGUUCGGGUAACGAUUUAAGAACCACAUUGAUUUUGCUCUGCGAAGAUGGAAGUUUGAAGAUGUUCAUGGCAAACAUGGACCAGACUGGUUUCUGGAUGUCGCCCGGGAUACAACCGUCCAUCGGUAUUACAUCGGUGGCAAAACCGAAGAAGAAAAAGGCGGUGAAAGCCGGAAAACCCUCGUCGAGUUCCGUGGUGUUCCCGGUUGAUUUCUUCGAGCACUGCUCCCCCAUGAACGAAGUCGAGAUUGGCGGGAACGAUCUUUUGCAAGUUUACAACGUGGCGCAGCUAAAACACCGCCUCAACACCACGGGUCUGUACGUGGCUUGCAAUAGACCGUUGGGAUUUACAGUGGAGGUCACAAACAACGACGCAAACACUGUGAUGGUCGGCGUGAGAAUAUUGAUAGGGAGUCAGGACGCGCAGAGGGCGCCGUCGUUCGUGGAGAUCUUCGGCAGGAUCGUUUCGGUCACUUGCACGCGGAGCAGGUGGUUCGACAUACCUUUUUCGAGGGAAGAGAGCCUGCAGGCCGACAAGAAGUUUACGAUUUUAUUCGGGCCGUCUCAGGACCCCGAGACCGUCACCAUGAUCGAUAGUGUCAAGAUUUACGGGCGGACUAAGGAUUCCUUCGGGUGGCCCGAGGAAAACGAGGAGGCUGUGGCCACAGCCAACUCGGCUAACACUCAGGUUAUCUCGACAUCCAACGAAUGCGACCAGCGCCCGAACGGAGUCGCACCCCUAACGAAACUAGAACGCCUCACCGUGGGCAUUUUGGAGUCCCUCGACGGCUCCUUCUCCCUGUCCACCUCCGAGGAAAAGCACUCGGCCUACAAACCGCAAACGUUGAAGAUCGCCACGCAACUGCUAACCAUACCGACCCCGCCCUCGGUGCAGGUGCAAGCCAAAGCGCUACUGUCCACCUUGCACUCGUCCAAGCAGCAGUACCACGCUUACAAGGACCAGGCGCUGUUGCAGCACGUGUUGGCCAGUUUGACGGCCAUAACGGCAGACGCGGAGAAGGCCGACGUGGACGCCGAGAGCUUCUAUCGGCUCGUGCUCAUCGUCAGAGGGAUAGCCAUCGCGAGGCCGCAGAACCUGGUCAAAUUCGCUGACGCGUACACGUCCAUCCAGGACGUCGUCGUUGAUGAUCCUCUCGAACCCAGGAACGCCCCGAGGGAGCACAAAAGCAACCACCUGCUUUUGCUGCUCAUGGACGUUCUCUGGCUUUUGCACUCCUUGAAUCCCGAGAAUCCCACGCUGGCUCCCGUCGUGGUGCCAGGCUUAAAACACACCGAACAAGUUAUUUACGCAUUGGUGGAGAUAGUCCACGCGUUUAAUAGUUGCGAUACAUACAGCAAUAUUACUAUAGGAGUAUACUUGCAACUAUUGCUCUGCAGUGAUUCUGUAAUAGCAUUCAGUGCCAAACAGGCGCUAUGUAAAGUACUUAAACCUAAAGUCAGGCGUAAGAAGGUGUUUAUUCCGAGUCCACCUCAUUGUCCAUCACCACCCAUAGGAAAACAACCGCCCACCAACUCGAAUUCUAGUCAAGAGGAAGACCCGCCUAUCGGCAGGCAACCGCCGCCGCAGCAGCAGCAGCAGCAAUACGAAGUGCACGCGGUCGAGCACCUGGCGAUGCUGCAGCAGCAGCAGCAGCAACCGGACGUCGCUGAAAACCCGCACCACCACAACAUGAACCCGCUGGAAGCCUUGCUCGGAGGCGGCGGCGGGGGCGGCGGCUUCCCGCCGAUCCUCGACAUGCCGCCCGACGCCGACGACGAGGCGAUGGUGGAGCUCGCGAUCGCGCUCAGCCUGCAGGAGCACGACAUGGAGCGCAUGGAGCAGGCGCCGCUGCAGGCGUUGGGGCAGCAGGCGGCCGCGCAGGCGCAGGAGGCGGGACACUACAGCGACACCACCGCCUCGGCGGCCGGCUCGGACGACGAGGGUUCGACCGCCGCCACCGACGGCUCCACCUUGAGGACGUCUCCUGCGGAACAGGGCGGUUCUGCGGCCGGUUCGGAAAGCGGCGGCAGCGGCGUGGAGAGCAUGACCGGCGAGCAGAACGCGUCCGGUCGCAGCUCCGCCUACGGCGACAACAUCCACGAGGCGAUAGCGAUGGCGUCGCGGUCGGACGCCGGCUCGCUGGCCAACGCCGGCGGCGCGGCCGACACGGAGGCGCAGCAGCACGACGACGCGGAGAUGGAAGCGGAGAACGGCGGGCGGCUGCACGUGCUGCGCUUGCAGCUGCUCGAGCGGCUGGUCGAGUACCUGCCGAAUCUGCGGAAGGUGGGCGGGAUCAGGGUGAUUCCGUUUCUGCAGGUCGUCUUGCAGCUCACCUCCGACUUGGACGGGCACUCCGAGAGGGAUUGGAUGUGCCUCAACUCGCUGUUGGCGUCUAUAGUGGUUGAAUUAAACCUGAACAAAGCGAGCAGCGACGACAUCUGCACGAGGACGCAACGCAGAGAAGUGCAGCUGGUUCUGAUGCGACUCUUAAGCGUGUUCAUGUCCAGAUGCAAGACCUCUUCCGCCUCGUCCGCGAGCAAAGCUGCAUCGGACAACUGCACCUUCGUCUGCCGAACGACCGCCUCGUUCCUGCAUCGCGCCGACAUCAUAAGCUACUGCAACAAGCUGCUGCAAUCGUUGCUGGAGUAUUGGAAGAGCGCCGCCAACGAAGAGAAUGCCCACAACGUGGGCGGUAAUCUGCUCAAGGAGCAUCUGCCGCACGCGCCCCCGGAUAUGACGCCUUUCUUCCUCAGGCAGUUCGUUAAAGAGCACGCCACCGACGUGUUCUACACGUACCCGCAAUUGUUGACCGAAAUGGCUUUGCGACUGCCCUAUCAGACCCACAAAAACUCGGAAGUCUCCGAAGCGGUGAACGUGGCUUUCGACAGCUCCUGGUACACGUAUCUGUGCGAGUACAUGAUGACCACGCAAACGCCCUUCCUGCGCAGGCAGGUGCGCAAACUGCUCCUCUUCAUCUGCGGCAACAAAGAAAAAUACCGCCAGCUGAGGGAUUUGCACGCACUCAACACGCAUAUGCGCGGCGUGAAUGUGUGUUGCGCUAAAGGUGGAUACCAAGCGGGUGUUGAGUUGCAACACGGAUUGUCGUUGCCGUACGAUUCUUUGGUGGAACUCGUUGAACAUCUUAAAGCGUGUUUGGAGAUAGCGGUGACUAGAACCGGCAACUGGCAGAGAUUCUGUGUGCACCACGACGAGGUGAUACCGUUUUUGCUCAAAGUUAACUGUCUUUUGGAUGAAGGGGUUGCGCCGACCAUUUUGGGUUUGCUGCAGUGCGCCAUAGUGCACAAUAACACUAGAAAAGUCGAGGUAAAACAGUCGUCAUCAUCGAGAAAAGACAGAGAGAAAUCAGACGAUUCCACUGCCGAAGCUGCGUUCGAAGAAUCCAGUUGCGUCACGUUGGUCGAGCAGAUCAACAAGCAAGUGUCCCGCGAGGUUUUAGCGCGAUUUGUUAAGACGUACAUGCUGGAAACCAACACGUCGAGCGUGCGCUGGCAAGCGCACGCUUUAAUCUUGGCGGUGUACAAAAACUCGAAAAACCCCGAGCAAGAAUCCCUCUUGGAGCUUCUGUGGCAAUUAUGGCCGUUGCUUCCGGCGUACGGCAAGAAAGCCUCUCAGUUUGUCGAUCUUCUGGGCUACUUCUCGCUUAAAUUCACGCAGGUUAACAGCGGCGCGCCGGAAGUCGCCGAAUAUGUCGACAAAGCCGUAACGGUGCUCAGAACGCAGAACGAGUUACUAGCACACCAUCCAAACGCGAAUCUAUACGCGCAUAUGAGUCAAUUUGUCGAUUUGGACGGUUACUAUUUAGAAUCGGAGCCUUGCUUGGUGUGCAACAACCCCGAAGUCCCAUUCUCGAACAUCAAGUUAAGUUCGAUAAAAGUCGACUCUAAGUACACCACUACCACGACGAUAGUGAAGCUUUUAAACAGCCACACCAUCGGCAAAAUAACGGUGCGAAUCGGCGAUCUAAAGCGCACCAAGAUGGUGAGGACCAUCAACAUCUACUACAACAACCGAUCGGUUCAAGCCGUGGUAGAAUUGAAGAACAAACCGGCGCUGUGGCACAAAGCCAAGAAAGUUCAGUUGCAGUCGGGGCAGGCGGAAGUAAAAAUCGAGUUUCCUUUGCCGAUAAUCGCGUGCAACUUGAUGAUCGAGUACGCGGAUUUUUACGAGAAUAUUCAGGCGUCCAGCGAGACUCUGCAGUGCCCGAGGUGUAGUGCUUCCGUCCCUGCGAAUCCUGGCGUGUGCGGAAAUUGCGGUGAAAACGUGUUUCAAUGUCAUAAAUGCCGCGCUAUUAACUAUGACGAGAAGGAUCCCUUUUUAUGCCACGCUUGCGGUUUUUGCAAGUACGCUAAGUUCGACUUCGCUCUAUCAGCGAGACCCUGCUGCGCUGUAGAGCCGAUUGAGAACGAUGAGGACCGUAAAAAAACCGUCUCGAGCGUUAAUGCUCUCCUAGAGAAAGCCGACCGUGUUUACAAGCAGUUAAUCGCGAACAAACCCACGUUGGAAUCACUGGUGAUCAAAAUCACGGAACACCGCUCGGAUAGGCGCGGAGAUGAUCAACCGGCGGUUCAAACGGUCGCCGCCGCGGUUGCCCCCAUUCCCACAGUGCAAGUGAAAGUAAAUAAAACCAUACAAAUGCUCGCGCAGCAGUAUUGCACCGAAUGCAAAACUUCUUUUGAAGAACUCAGCAAGAUUAUACAAAAGGUGUUGGUGUCGCGUAAAGAACUCGUCGCGUACGAUAGAAAGCACCGCGACGUGGACAUGCAGCCCAAAUCCGCGCCGCUGUUAAACGAGACCGCCCCGUUGAUGUGCAACAACAGGUGUUACGGGUGCUCUACGGCUGCCACGGAACAUUGUCUCACUCUAUUGAGAGCUUUGGCGACAAACCCGGACACCAGACAAGUUUUGUGCAAUAAAGGUUUGAUACAGGAGUUGGUGUGGAAUAAUUUGCGCAAAGGCAGCGUUCAAAUACAAGAGGAAGUCAGGCAGUUAUUGUGCGUUCUGACGAGAGACAACCCCACCGCCACAGAAGAGCUUUGCAGUCUUCUCAACGAGCGCAUAGCGCUGAGCCUGUGCGGCCACGUCGGCGGUUCGGAUCUGGGGGCGGGGGUCCGCCACGAGAUUUCCCUGCUGGCCGCGAUGGUUCAGAAAGAGGACGAGUGCUGGGAGUCGAAGUUGCGCUGCAUGAUGGAGCUGUUUCUGAUGGCCUGCAACGACUCGAAGAGCCCGCUGGUGAUGGAGUCGGUGAUCCUGCCGUGCCUCAAGAUCCUGCAGGGACUGAUGAAGGGGCCCGCCGCUUCCUCCAAGAAGACCAAAGAAAAGCAAAGUACAUCGGGUACCGCCCUGGCGAAGCCAAGCUUGACCGGAAUCACGGUCGACGUUUACAAGUGGCUAAACAAAGAACCCAACCACACGUUCGCCGGCUGGCGAAGCAGAAUUUUCCACAAAACUGAAAACGGCACCCCGCUACCGACUGCGAAAGAAGAAGUCAGGAAGUUCUACCUCAUGCAGAAAUAUUCGGGAAGGUGGCGCAAAAAUCUGAAGAAGUCGAUUUGCGAACCGUUAGAGUUGAAUCAUUCGGCGUGGCUUCAGGCGGUUUUGUUUAAUACUAGUUCCCGACUGGCGAGGCAAGUGGCCAGUAAUAUAGUGGAGCAAAUGUGCAACACGCCUGAGAGGAAGAAAGCCAUCCUCAUUCUCCUGACGUGCUUUUUGGACGGGUUGAGCGCAGCCGGGGAAAGCGCGGCGGAGUUUCUAUCGCUGUAUCAAAAUUUGAUACAGGAGGCGCCGUGGAAGCAAUACUUAACGAUGCAAGGGGUUUUGUUGGUUUUAGCGCAUUUUAUUACAGUGGAAAUAGAGCAGUUGCACCGCCUGGAGGAGACCACUUUGACGUCUGAUUUGGCGCAGGGUUACGCCUUGUACCAACUAACCGAACUGCUGGCCUCCUUUCUGGAUGACGUGGCCAUUAGAAGGCAGUACAAAGGAAGACUGGUGGGGGCGGUUUUGAACGGGUAUCUGUCGCUGAGGAGAUUGGUGGUGCAGCGAACGAGAUUGAUAGACGAUACGCAGGAAAAACUGCUGGAGUUGUUAGAGGAGAUGACGAGUGGAACGCAGAAAGAAACGAUUUCGUUUAUGGCUGUGUGCAUCAAGACGGUGCAAAAUUACAGUUUACAGGAUAUCUUGACGCCGGUUUUCAUCUUCGAGCGGCUUUGCUCGAUAAUUUACCCCGAAGAGAACGACGUGGGGGAGUUUUAUCUCACUCUCGAGAAGGAUCCGCAGCAAGAAGACUUUUUGCAGGGGAGAAUGCUGGGCAACCCCUACUCCAGCUUGGAGGCGGGUUUAGGGCCAUUAAUGCGCGACGUGAAGAACAAAAUCUGCCAGGACUGCGAACUGGUAGCCCUACUUGAAGACGACAACGGAAUGGAGCUGUUAGUCAACAACAAGAUCAUGAGUCUCGAUCUGCCGGUGAAAGAGGUGUACAAGAAGGUGUGGUUGGCGGAGGGGGGAGACCACGACGCGAUGCGGGUGGUUUACAGGAUGCGCGGACUGCUGGGAGACGCCACCGAGGAGUUUAUAGAAACUUUGAGCAACAAAACGCAGAACGAGGUGGACAACGAGAAGGUCUACCAGAUGGCUAACGUUCUGGCCAAGUGCGACGGGUUGAAGGUCAUGGUGCAGCGCUUGGGGGCCAUACAGAACGUGUGGAGGGCCAGGCCGCUGCUGCAGGUGCUUCUGAAGCUGUUCAGGUUGAGCGUAAAAGUAACCAAAUGCCAGGAUGUAUUGAUUCAACCCGAACUUGGUGCUAUGGGGGUCUUCCUUCGCACCUUGCAGAUGUGUCUGGAAGGCGAAAACUCCAGCCAGGCCGCCGUUACGGAACAACUUUUGGACAUAAUGGAGACGGUGUUAUCCAAGGCCACCGGCGAGUCGUUCGAGAACUUCGAGAAGUUCUCGCGCACGUUCGGCGGGCCCGAGUACGUGCGAUCGCUGCUGACGUGCACCACGCACUCGAGCGUGCGCAGCAACCAAUCCGUGCUCGUUCAUCUGACGCGCGUCCUGGCGGCUCUCGUUUACGGCAACGAGGAGAAGAUGGAAAUACUGCUCGACAACUUCAAGCCGGUGCUCGACUUCGACAAGUACGACGUCGAGCACAGCCAGGUGGAUCAGCAGAAGCUCGAGAUGUUCUGCGUGCUAACCAACGGGAUCGAAAAGAACGCAAUAGGCAACACAUUGAAGGACUACAUAAUAUCCUUGGACAUAGUAACUCACGCUUUGGAAUACAUUACAUUCCAUGCGCCCUGCGUAAAACCGACUCUGGUUCGCACCGAUAGCGACGAACUGAAAGAUUUCAUUUCCAAGCCUGCGCUCAAGUUCAUCCUGAGAUUCCUCACCGGGAUGGCGCAUAGUCACCAAAACACGCAGCUCGCCAUAUCGUCGGCCAACACGAUAUCCAUCAUCCACCGCUUGGAGCAGGUAUCGUCGGACGAGCACGUCGGCUCGCUGGCGGAAAACCUGCUCGAAGCGUUGCGCACGAAUCCGAAGGUGGCCGAGCAGAUCGAGGAGGCGCGCGAGUUCACGCGCAGCGAGAAGAAGCGCCUGGCGAUGGCGAUGCGCGAGAAGCAGCUCGGGCAGCUGGGCAUGCGCACCAACGACAAGGGCCAAGUCACCGCCAAGUCGACGAUACUGCAGCAGAUCGAGGAGCUCGGCGACGAGUCGGGGCUGGUGUGCUGCAUAUGCAGGGAGGGGUACAAGUAUCAAGCCACCAAGGUGCUCGGCGUCUACACCUUCACCAAAAGGUGCAACGUGGAAGACUUCGAGGCCAAGCCUCGCAAAACCGUCGGCUACACCACCGUCAGCCACUUCAACGUCGUGCACAUCGACUGCCACAUGAGCGCGGUCCGAUUAGCUCGCGCCAGGGACGAGUGGGAAUCGGCCGCGUUGCAGAACGCCAACACCAAGUGCAACGGGCUGCUGCCGCUGUGGGGCCCGCAGGUGCCCGAGUCGGCCUUCGCCAGCUGCCUGGCGCGGCACAACACGUACCUGCAGGAGAGCACGAACCACCGCGACGUCGGCCAGAACUCCACGGUGCACGACCUGAAGCUGCUGCUGCUCAGGUUCGCGCACGAGAAGAGCUUCCACGAGGACACGGGCGGCGGCGGGCCGCAGAGCAACCUGCACGUCGUGCCCUACUUGGUGCACGUCGCCCUCUACGUCAUCAACACUACCAGGGUAAACAAACGCGAAGAAAGCAGCCUAAUGUGGUACGUGGAGUGCCUAAGCGCGGAAAAAUGGGUGGAAUCUUGUUACGAAGCGGAAGGUCCGCUCUACUGGACCACCAUGUCCAUACUGCUGCACUCGCAGAAGCAGUGGAACAAACACCGGCUCGCGCACCUGAAGAGGUUGAUAAUAUGCGCGCACGUGCGUAAUGUGCAACCUACGGGGCCCGCCAAAACGAUAGCGGACAAGCAGGAGAAACCGUACGCGGUCUACAAGCCCUACCUGCUGUUUUUCGGCGUCGUAGACGGCAUCUACGAGAACUUCUUCAAGAAUGUUAGUGGGGCUGAGGAUCAGUGGCCGAAUAAUUUAGCGGAUUAUAUUAGACACAACGACGAAGCAUUAAUGAAGUCUUCAGAGAAGUUAUUGUCCACCUACACAGAAGAACUUUUGCCGUGUACAUCUUUCGCUGAAUUCUGUGAUGUUGCAGGCUUAUUGGAUGUAAUUCAAAGUCCUGAUACCUUCAUAACUGAUCUUCUAAAUGGUCUGUAAUUUCCAUAUAUUGAAAAUAUGUUGUUAAAUUUAAAAAAUAAAGGCUGUUCUGAAAUUAUUUAAAUUAUCUUAUAUGCUUUGCUGAUUGCUUAUGUGUAUUAAACAAUUUAGCUUUACAUGGAUUUUUAGUUAUUAAAUUUAUGUCAUAAUUGUAAACAUAUAAUAAAUUAUUUAAAUGAA